CCCGAACACAGCUUGAGAUUUUUUUGAGCCAGGGGAAGAAGCCAAACGGGAAGACUGCCCAAAACCCUUCCCUGCUCUAGACAGAGAGGCCAAGUGACCUGGCGGGAAGCCGGAGAAGCGCGAGGAAAGUGGUGAAGGGGGGAAGGGGGUUAGAAAGGAGGUGUGCGAGGUCCCCGACAACACAGUUUCGUUGAGUCCGACUCGGCUUCCGUUCAUGUCACGCGAUGGAAACGAGCUUCAACUUCUUCCGCCGCUUUACUCGAGGCGCCGAUCCCACGCGACCAAUUUCGGCGUUGCCAGCGCGAGGCCGCGACAAGGAGUCCAACGGACCGUUUCCCCCGGCACUGCCGCAUUCUCUUCCCUCGGAGGACUCUCCACAUCAUGGAGCGACAGGAGAGUCGAGUGACGCGACGUCGAGGUCUUGGCGCGAGCGGGACACCAGUCGCAGUCGGGCACUUGGCAGCGAGGGAGACGAUGAAACAUGCGUUUCUCCCGCUUCUUCGUCGAAUGCCGCUCGGCCGAAAACGCCGUCGGUACCCCGCUUUUGCGGAGAAGUCCCCCACGAGCAACGCAGGAAACCGGACGACAGCGGUGGCACCCCGGCGUGCGAAACGCUCCACAAGAUCCAGAGAAAAGUCGACUCGAAGGUCGAUGCGGCCGGUGUUGAGCCGACCGCAUCUUCGUCACCAGGCCAAACGGACGCCGCAACCGUCCGUGGGCGAGACGAGCCGCCAACCGGCCCUCUCGAACCCAGUCGACGAAAGAGAACAGCAGAAGAAAUCCAAGGCGGGCAUAGUGGCGGUGACGACACCGCAUCGUGGAACGAAACGGCAGACGAAAACGCCGAACCGGAAAUGGGCCUAUUGACACCUUUUGCACCCAUCAAGCGCGGGAGAGGAAGACCGCGCAAGGCACCGACAAAAGACUCUGUUGUAUGGAAUCCUACGGUUCCAAAGAGAGGACGAGGUCGGCCUCGAAAAGUGAAAGUGGAUGAGAUACCACAGGGGGAGGAACCGACUGGAGCAGAGGCUCCAGGUGUAUGGAAUCCUACGGUUCCAAAGAGAGGACGGGGUCGGCCUCGAAAAGUGAAAGUGGAUGAGAUACCACAGGGGGAGGAACCGACUGGAGCAGAGGCUCCAGGUGUAUGGAAUCCUACGGUUCCAAAGAGAGGACGGGGUCGGCCUCGAAAAGUGAAAGUGGAUGAGAUACCACAGGGGGAGGAACCGACUGGAGCAGAGGCUCCAGGUGUAUGGAAUCCUACGGUUCCAAAGAGAGGACGGGGUCGGCCUCGAAAAGUGAAAGUGGAUGAAAUGUCGCAGGGGGAGGAACCGACAGCAGCAGAGGCUCCAGGUGUAUGGAAUCCUACGGUUCCAAAGAGAGGACGGGGUCGGCCUCGAAAAGUGAAAGUGGAUGAAAUGUCACAGGGGGAGGAACCGACUGGAGCAGAGGCUCCAGGUGUAUGGAAUCCUACGGUUCCAAAGAGAGGACGGGGUCGGCCUCGAAAAGUGAAAGUGGAUGAAAUGUCACAGGGGGAGGAACCGACUGGAGCAGAGGCUCCAGGUGUAUGGAAUCCUACGGUUCCAAAGAGAGGACGGGGUCGGCCUCGAAAAGUGAAAGUGGAUGAAAUGUCACAGGGGGAGGAACCGACUGGAGCAGAGGCUCCAGGUGUAUGGAAUCCUACGGUUCCAAAGAGAGGACGGGGUCGGCCUCGAAAAGUGAAAGUGGAUGAAAUGUCACAGGGGGAGGAACCGACUGGAGCAGAGGCUCCAGGUGUAUGGAAUCCUACGGUUCCAAAGAGAGGACGGGGUCGGCCUCGAAAAGUGAAAGUGGAUGAGAUACCACAGGGGGAGGAACCGACUGCAGCAGAGGUUCCAGGUGUAUGGAAUCCUACGGUUCCAAAGAGAGGACGGGGUCGGCCCCGGAAAGUGCCUUUGAGGGAAGAAAAUGGAGAAAAGACUGAAUCAGAAGCAGAGACGACCUACCACGAGGCAGACACACCCCCAAAGUCGCCUGUUCCUUGGUGAGAGCCUCGUAAGAGGACUUUCGGUGGCCAUGCAGGAGCGAAAAGAACCCUCUUAAGUUUUUUGAUGGACGCCAGCGACGGAGAAAGGUGUGACACGAGGACAAUGAGGGAGAAGCAUCGGCGCCGUGGGAACCAAAUUGAGAUGAGUGAAAGCACGGGGGUCAAUGAAAAGGAAGAAGACGCGGGUGAUGAAUUCCUCGAAAGAACUCUCCACGAGCCUUCCAUGGUGGCGCCGUGUGUGGGUGAGCAAGGAAAGGGAACGAUGACGAUAAUUAAGAAACAAAGGCGCCUGAAGGUGAUUUUGAAAUCAGGUCCACUGGCUAUUAGGAAAAAAAACUUGUGUCAAUGCAGGCAAGCUGGCGCGACCGCAGGAUCAAGCGACCCAGUGGCGUAGAUGGUGUUCGACUUGGAAGGGAAGACUAGGUGCGGCCUUUGGGG